AUCACGUGAUUUUUCAGUAUCUGAAAGGAAAGAGAAAGUGUCUCGAGCGACACUAAAACAGCAGGCGCCCGCCUGAAAACUGGCUAUUUGCGAAAUAUCUUUAUCAUGUCAGGAGACGAGAAGCGAUAUGAUGGAUCUGAGAAGGACAUGCAAUUCGUAAGAAAGUGCAGCGAUAUUGAUCCAUAUGAUGAUGAUCCGCACACUUUAAGAGCUCGUUUAUCCUGCGGUCAUGUCACUGGUCCACAGACACUGACAGACUACUGCAGACUACAGCUGAAUGACGGUAAAGCUGAGCUGAGAUGCCCUUUGUGUAACGGUCAAUGGUCUUACACUGAAGUGCGUAAACUAGCCAAACUCACACCUGAAGAACAGCAAUGCUUUGAAGAAACUCUUGCCAACAAUGCAACCAGAAAGAUAAUAGACAUUAAGAAUUGUCCUGGUUGUGACUGGUUGAUUGAGAGAUCAAACCCGUCUAAUCUCAGCGUGCAGUGCACCGUUUGCUCUGCAAAGAAUAAAAAAACCUUUGAGUUCUGCUGGCAGUGUUUGAGAGAAUGGAAAGGGCAUCAGCCUCGCUCUGAUCGAUGUGACAAUGAAGGCUGCAGCAAUAAAGAGCUGGAUCUGCUGAGAGAUUGUGCAACUAUUAUUUUAAAAGAUGCUGCAAAUAUUGUAUGUCCAGCUGUUCGUGCCUGUCCAACAUGUGGUUUGCUGAUUGAACACAACUCGGAGAAAUGCAAAAACAUUACAUGCUCUCGGUGUACUAAAGAGUUUUGUUUUGUCUGUCUGAAGCUCACACCUGAAUGUGUGAGUACAAGUGAUUACUAUAUUAUGUGUUCAGGUGGUGUGGCUCCACGACAGACUUCAUUUCCAUUUUGGAGAGUUAACCAAUAAAUUACAAACACAGUUACAGUUAUGUGGUAGAAUACUAUUUAGAAAGCAUGUGUAGCAUAAUGACUAAUGUUAUUAGCCUAUAUAAAAGUAAAAGACCAACCCAAAAUAAUUAUUAAUGAUUAAUAAUCAAAUCUUUCACCCACUGUGUUCCCCUGCCUACCUGCACCCAUCUGCUGAGACCAUCGCCAGCCUUCAACAGCUGAAGAAACACCUCUUAUGCAAGAAUUUAGCUCAUUCCUGUUCCUCAUUUGUAGGUCAC